AAAGAAAGAAGAAAGAAUCCCGUCAAUAUUUUCUAGAACGAAAAAGAAGCCAGCAGCUGCAGUUAAGCAGGAUAUUUAUAGAUUUCAUUGUAAAUUGAAAAACAUUUUGAAAGUUAAUACACAUGCAGCCGAUUUCUUUUCCUUAAGAUGGACGAAACCAUUUUGUUUUUUCUGUGCAUCUACUGGUGGUCAGUUUAUGAUCCUUCUCUGUGUCAAACAAUGGAUACAUGUAAAGUUACCCCAAAAUCAUAUACUUAUUCGUCACACGUCAAUAAACUCACUGAACUGGAUAAGGGAAUUGAUGCUAAGUCAUUCUGGUGUAGUGAUGGGGCUUUACAUAACUCAUGGAUGGACUUGUAUCCCCACCUUGUCGUUGAUUUUGGUGCUACUGAGAAAACUAUUGUAGGACUAGCAUUAAAGGGACCACCAGCUGCCCACAAGAAGUAUGGAUUCCCAUCUUUCCAAGUUUAUCAAUAUGUUGAUAAUGGUGACUUUUAUGAUGCUAUCAGAGAAAAUCAUGGAAAUAGUGGAAUCAUUAAGACAUUUACUGGCCUGACAGCUGAAGACAUUGAGAAGGGUGAAGUCAAAAGGCAUGAGUUUCCAUAUCCAGUCGAUGUUAUGAAAUUGAAGAUUUACUUUAAACUAAGACUUGGGCAGAAACGUAUUUGCACGAAAAUCGAGUUCUAUCAGGCACCAGAACAUUGUGGUAAAUUACGUAGGACAGAAAAUAAAUGUGGAAAUAAUAAAGGAGGUUGCAGUAGCCAUUGUGAACCAAAAGAUCAUACAUUCCAUUGCAAAUGUGCACGGGGCAGCAUACUAUGGCUUGAUGGAUUACAUUGUCAACCUACAGAUUAUAAAGUGGGAUUCAAUUUGAAGCAAGGAAAGCAUCUGUAUGUUGUAGCACAAAGGAGUUGUUUAAGUGAUUCUUCAAAGUUAGCUACUGUUUUAAAUCUAGAGGAAUAUAAUAAAAUGAAGAAACAGAUAAAGAAGAAUCAUGAAGAUCAUUUUAUAGGUGUUGUGGAUGUGGACCAUGAUCAAAGCUACAGUCGAUGGAUAGAUGGGAAAGAUGUCGUAUUUGACAAAUUUGAUGAAAUCCGUGGUUAUCCAGGUUCCAGUGGUCUUAUGUCUGGAAGUCGGUGGACAUUUAAGAACUCUCAUGAUUCCUCAAAUUUUUGGUGUCGUUCUAUAAGCAUCCUGAUUGGUAAGUUUGAUAAGUUUGAUGAUGAAGGCAGCUACUUGUUAACUGGCUUCUAUGGUAUAGAGGACUACCAAUUGACUUCAUCACCGUCCCUGGUGAAAACAUCACUAGCGUCAUUGUUUGCCUUUGGUGCUGCAAGGAGUCGUCGUGGUUCUAAAGCUUAUCUAACAAGUGACUCGGGGGUGCCUUAUGGAUUGUUCUGGAGACCAAAAGAUCCUACCAUGAAGAAUAAGUUCUUGAAGCUGGCGUGCAAUAAUAAGGUGACUGCAGUAACUGGUGUCACUGUUAGAGGCUACCAUUGUAAAAUGUCAACAUUGAAUUAUACACUCACCACGGAUAACAGAAGGCAGAAAUUCAAGUUCUCUGUACCAGCAGACAGUGGAAAACUUCAAUUUGUCAGGGUCUUUGAAGCCUACGUUUUUAUAGUGGAAUUUGAUGAUUCUGCUGUUUGUGAAGGUUAUCAGUGGGACCUAGUUGGACUAUUGACAAAGAGACAUGUAGAUGUUUGUCCACAGAGAACAUGUGACCAUGAAUGCAUCCCAAAUCCUGAAGGUCACGUCUGUAUAUGUAACAGAAAUUACCACCUGUUUAUUGAUGGAAGGUCUUGUGUCAAAGAUGUUCAACCUCAGUGGCAGGGUCCUAAGCUAUUGGCUGUGAACUACCCUAUAUUUAAAAAUACGAUAGAGUUUCUUCCAAUGCCACCUACAUAUUAUGAGUUUUUUCCUCGGAGAAUGGAAUUCAGUAAAGCAGCCGAGACUUGCAGAGAGCAUGGGGGAUAUCUGCCAUCCAUUCAUACGAUUUUUGAGCAUAGAUUGAUGUACUCGGAUCUUAUGCGCCAUUCUACCUGCACUAAAUGGUUUAUAGGUCUAAGCGGGACGUCUCUGAUGCACAGUGCCUGGCACGAUGGCUCCUGGGUUGACUUUGCGCUGUUUGAGGGAACAGUGCCUGAAGAUACAUAUGAGGAGCAAGUGGUUUUUAUGGACAAGGAACUAUUUUACAUGUGGAAUUAUGGUCCGGUUUCCACAACACAAGGCUGCUUUGUGUGCCAGUAUAAGCAACCGGACUGUGCUCUAUCUAUCCUGACAGGACCAUGGACGUUGUCCAUAUAUACAUGGGGACCUAGGGGAGAUAACCUUUCAAGAUCCAUGUUGAAGACUGUUCUACUUGACCUUCGCAGUGGUUUGCAGUAUUUUGAGACUUACGUAACAGAUAGCUUUUUACAGGCAUGUAAAAUCAUUGUGAAUUUUAAUUGUUCUUUUUAAAG